AUGGCGGCGGCGGCGGAACCCUGGCAGGCUGUGGCUCCGCGGAGGAGAAGGCGCUCUGCCGCGCGGCGUCCGCGAGAGAGGGAGGCACCGGCGCGGGACCCGGAGGACGAGCCCCAGGCGGACGGCGGAGUCGUGCUUCGUCGCAUCCGGGAGGCUGGGGAGGACCUGCUUCUGUCUGAUUUCUGGAGUCUGGCACUAGAAACCAUCAACGGCUGUCUUACAAAACAUCUGGAGCAACUGAAGGCCCCUGAGGGGACUCUUCCGGAAGCCCUUGGAAAACUGCAUCUUGACUCCUCGCCAGAUGAGGCUGCUGUGACUCCCGGCUCCAUCCCAGGGGAGUCCCCAGUCCCGGGAACCUGCCGCUUGAAGUGUGUAUGUUACGGCAUUGGGAACUUUGCCACCUGCGUCAUAGCUAGACACCAGCUCACGUUUUUGCUUCUCUUCCUGGAAAAGUGCCAGAUUCCCAGAAGGCACUGCUGGGUGUACGACCCUCUGUUUAGCCAACUAGAAAUCGCGGUUCUGAAUACGCUCGGUGUGACUGUUCUCAGCGAGAACGAGGAAGGCAGACGGAGCGUCAGCGGCGAGCCCACUGUCUUCUACAUGCCCCACUGCGGCACAGCCCUGUACAACAACCUUCUGUGGGGAAACUGGUCGGUAGACGCCCUCGCCAAGAUGCUCAUCAUCGGGAACAGCUUCAGAGGACUCGAGGAAAGGUUGCCGGCCAGGAUUCUACAGAAAAAUUAUUCCUACAUUGCAAAGAUUUUAGAAGGACUGGAGGAGCGUAAGCUGCCUGAGACUUCGCAGUACACGGACAUAUUUAACGAUACCGCCAUCCACUGGUUCCCCGUACAGAAGCUACAACAACUGCCCACGGAUACGUGGGCGUUUCGGGAAGAGCCAGACUAUGAGGACUGCGAGGACCUUGAAAUCAUCAGGAACAAGACAAGAGCUCCUUCAGCUGCUGACCUAAACUCGCUGUGACGUGCUGGCUGCUGGCUGAGGCAGAAGCAGCUGCCACCAGAGAUGACCAGGAGGGUGGCCACGGAGGGUGCUGUGGAGGCUCAGUAUAAAGACUGAUGCACC